UAAGUGUUCCCCAGCCGUCGGUUGUGUUGUGUACAUCAGUCACUCAGUCACCUCUUAGUUUAAUUCCUUCAAGGUAACACACAUAGAAAGUCUUUAAGUCGAAUACAGACGGAAUAAAGGAGGGAAGACAACCAAACUACAGUACAGUAUACCCAAAUAAGAGGAAGAAAAACCUUACCAUCAUGAACCCAAUUGGUCCAGGCAACCAUGACCGUGCUUGGAAUGAUCCACCAAAGUUUGCAUUCAAUGCCAGUGGUGCAGCAGCUUCUGGAGCCACUGGUGGCCGACGCCGAUUGUUGAAUAAGAGAGUUCCUGUACCAAUUGGUCCCUCAAGCACUUCCAGCCCAGUGCCUCCUGUUUUAAGACCUGGCGACACCCCACCCACUAUGGGAAAUAUCCCACUUCGGCCACCUAGAGUUGAUCCUCUACCAAUUCAGCCAUCCCCAGUUAAUUGUCUUCAUGAUGUAAAACCUAAAAUUCCUGUAGGCAGCAGAACAGAUGAAGUAAAACCCAGUGAAAAUGCUCAGGAACUUUUAGAAGAAGUGGAUUUGGCACUGAAGAAUUCACUUGAGAGUAUUAGUGUUGAACUGAAGGACAGUGUUCGGGAUGAGAUCAACAAACGUGUCAGUACGAUGAAGACAAUGUGGCUUGAUGGAAAACUCAACAAUGUGGUGCAAAGGAGGAUUUUAUCUCUUGCCAGAGCUUUAACUCAGGAAGAAUAUGAUAUAGCGUGGACUUUACACCAGGGUCUCAUCGUGGACUACACAAGUAUGUGUUCACCCUGGAUGGUCGGCAUCAAGACGUUAAUAUCCGAGUGUCGCAAUCAUUCAAAAGGUGAAGCUAAUAUAAACAGUGCGUCUCCAGCCAAAGAUGACGAAAAUAAAGAGAAACUAGAUAUAGAUCCUGUCAUGGGUGUCGAAGAUAUGACAGUGAGGGAGAAAGACAGUGACACAGGCAGCAGGUGUGAGAGUGAUGCCACUGUCUGUGACACUGUUGUAGAGAAACCAGAAAACAAGUCCCCAAGUUAGACACAUCACAGCAGGUUAUAAUAUGCUUCCCUCUCAAUAAAUUUUUUUCAUAAUAUUUCUAGUGUUUCUUGUGUUCUUAUAUUAAGAUUAGUUUGAGGUACUGUUUACAUGUCUCGUGUGUCUUAGGUCUUCACCACGAUACAAACAAAAUGAUAUUACUAAGGGUGAGGUGGUUCAUAAGGUUCAGGAACAAACAACCUAAUAUAUACUGUAUAGGGUGUUGAUGGUAAACAACAAUAAACAUGUUUGUAACUCAAUAAGGAUAUUACCCAUUCUUACCCUGAAAAAUUCUUUGCAAUAAUUUUCAUUGAUUCUGCUGUAAAACUCUUGAUAUUUAGAAAGUCACCAAAUCUCUGAUCAAUAGCUUGCUUGUAGUCUAGUCAUUCAUCUUAAUUAUUAUUAUUUCAUAAUUAUGAUUUCAAACCAAAUUCCCAGUCUAUUAAUGAAUGUUUUUAUAACAUGAUGGUAGCCUGAGGAAACCUGUGUAGUGGGCCAUCAAGUUGACAGGGAUCAACUUAGGCUUUAACCCCCCUACACUAAUAUAAUCACAGUACUUCAUCACGCCCAUCACAACUGUUGCUCUUUAAAAAUGAUGAUUAGAGAAGACAAUGUCCCUGAAGGGUUGAAAUGUGAGUGGGUCUUGGUGCUCCAGCAAGUACAGUACAUGCACCUUUCCUUGUCUUAUUGGCUACCUUAGAAGAUUUCCAAUACUGUACAGUAUCAGCUUUAGUUCAGUCAUCUCUGCUAAAAGCAGGUCAUUAUCUAGAGUGCUUCGCUUAAUAACAGAUCUACAGUAAGUAGUAUUUGCACCUCAUGUUUAGCUCUACGGGGAUAAGUAUAUGGCCAUGCCUUUCAACUGCAUUAUUCAUAAUGUGAAAUGAAUUCAAGAUUUUACGUAAUUCAGACUGCAGGAGUUGUUGUUGUUCAGACAUUAUUUCUUGGUGGUGCUAGUUGUGCCCACCCUCAUGACCAAUGGUGGCUCCUGGACUCACAAGUACAGGAUAUAUAACUUAGUGUUUUGUUAAACAGAUGGUUAUCUGAUCCAUGGGGUAAGAAUAUCUGGUCUGAGGCCAAAAAUUGUUAUAGGAACCCCAAUUAAGGGUGUUGAUCAGGGGGCUGACUGGAAUUCUUCUCACAGGGUAAUGUGCUAACACAUACAGUACAGUGGUACUGUGCCUUAUUAUGCUCCACAGUAAAACAUGGAGACACCACUGAAGGAGUUUGUUAUGGUUUAGAGAAUAAGGUGGUUUGGUUUACCAAUUAAACUCCUUGAUGAUCUUAAUUAAUGACCCCAAGUGAUUUCAGUCAGUUGCAGGGACAUAGUUUUUGUAGCCCAGAAGUGUGAUACAGUAUCACACUUUGUCCAUAUUCAGGUAACCACAUUUGGUGCUGUUCAUCAUUUUUGUUCUGUUAAAACAGCUUUUAUUUUUUUAAUUAUGCCCAAGGGGCCACAAACACAGUAUAAGACACACAUUCAAGUACAACUCAAGGUGACAACACAGUUUCAUUUAUUACCCACUAAACUGUGGCUAGUAUAUCGGAAGUACAUUUAAGUCAUCUGGUUGAAGUUCAGAUUGAAACCCAUAAGCUUGAUGGUACAAUACAGUACAGUACUUGGGUCUUCUUGUCAUGUCUGUCGUAAAAUAGGAUUUCCAGGAUAAAUUCUUUUUUUUUUCUCCAAUGAAUUCCUAAGUUCAGAAAUGUUAUUUUUCUGUCUGUUUAUGACAAUCACAUUUACUCUUGCACUUGCAGUUACUGAAUUGAAUUCAUUAGCGACAAAUGCAGUCAAGUCAAGAUUUUUUCUAACAAUACAAUGAAAGAAUACUGUACAUACUUAAAUAAAGAUUGGAAAAAAUCCAUUGUAUUCUCACUUACUGUGACAUAUACUGUAGAAUUAAAAGUUGCUCGAUGUAACGUCUUGUUGCUGUGCGGGUUGACAGUGAGACUGCCAUGCUGUACGUACAAUGUUUUCAUUGCUUGUUGUAUUUUCACUUUGUUUUUCUUCACUAAACUUUUGGUACUGACUUCCAAAUAAAAUUGUUCUGAAACCA